ACUGAACACGACACCCCAAGGCUAAACCCUGCCAUUCAAACCAGGGGGUGUCAGAGGUGUGUGUAGAGGACAGGUGUGUUUAGAGUACAGGUGUGUGUAGUGUUCAGUACACCAUUCUGACAGAGAGGUACAUCCACCAGUGAGUGGAUCAGGACUAAGGAUCGUAGAGAGAGAGAUACCUGGACCUAGACGAUCAUCAUCAUGACCAUAACCAGCAUUAGCCGCUCCUGGAUCUCUGGGCUAAUCAUCUGCCUGUUGAUCACUGCUGUUUCUGCUAGCAGUGCCCCAAUGGCAUCUACAGAAACCUCUGAAACUACAGAACGACUUUCAACUACAGAAAUCCCUGCAACUGCUACAGAAAAUCCAAGUACUACUGAUGCUGGAAGUACAGCCGAAACGGGUACCACUGAUUCCGGACCCAUCACCGAAACAGGUACCACUGAUGCCGGACCCAUCACCGAAACAGGUACCACUGAAGCCGGACCCAUCACCGAAACAGGUACCACUGAAGCCGGACCCAUCACCGAAACAGGUACCACUGAAGCCGGACCCAUCACCGAAACAGGUACCACUGAUUCCGGACCCAUCACCGAAACAGGUACCACUGAUGCCGGACCCAUCACCGAAACAGGUACCACUGAAGCCGGACCCAUCACCGAAACAAAUACCACUGAAGCCGGACCCAUCACCGAAACAGGUACCACUGAUGCCGGACCCAUCACCGAAGCAGGUACCACUGAAGCCGGACCCAUCACCGAAACAGGUACCACUGAAGCCGGACCCAUCACCGAAACAGGUACCACUGAAGCCGGACCCAUCACCGAAACAGGUACCACUGAUUCCGGACCCAUCACCGAAACAGGUACCACUGAUGCCGGACACAUCACCGAAACAGGUACCACCGACGCCGGAGCCAUCACCGAAACAGGUACCACUGAUUCCGGACCAAUCACCGAAACAGGUACCACUGAUGCUGGACCCAUCACCGAAACAGGUACCACUGAAGCCGGACCCAUCACCGAAACAGGUACCACUGAAGCCGAACCCAUCACCAAAACAGGUACCACUGAAGCCGGGCCCAUCACCGAAACAGGUAUCACCAACGCCGGACCCAUCACCGAAACAGGCACCACUGACGCCGGACCCAUCACCGAAACAGGCACCACUGAAACCGGACCCACCACCGAAACAGGUACCACUGGAGCCGGGCCCAUCACCGAAACAGGUACCACUGAUUCCGGACCCAUCACCGAAACAGGUACCACUGAAGCCGGACCCAUCACCGAAACAGGUACCACUGAUACCGGACCCAUCACCGAAACAGGUACCACGGACGCCGGACCCAUCACCGAAACAGGUACCACUGAAGCCGGACCCAUCACCGAAACAGGUUCCACUGAAGCCGGACCCAUCACCGAAACAGGUACCACUGAAGCCGGACCCAUCACCGAAACAGGUACCACUGAAGCCGGACCCAUCACCGAAACAGGUACCACUGAAGCCGGGCCCAUCACCGAAACAGGUACCACUGAUUCCGGACCCAUCACCGAAACAGGUACCACUGAAGCCGGACCCAUCACCGAAACAGGUACCACUGACGCCGGACCCAUCACCGAAACAGUUACCACAGACGCUGGACCCAUCACCGAAACAGGUACCACUGAAGCCGGACCCAUCACCGAAACAGGUACCACUGAAGCCGGACCCAUCACCGAAACAGGUACCACUGAAGCCGGACCCAUCACCGAAACAGGUACCACUGAUUCCGGACCCAUCACCGAAACAGGUACCACUGAAGCCGGACCCAUCACCGAAACAGGUACCACUGAUACCGGACCCAUCACCGAAACAGGUACCACGGACGCCGGACCCAUCACCGAAACAGGUACCACUGAAGCCGGACCCAUCACCGAAACAGGUACCACUGAAGCCGGACCCAUCACCGAAACAGGUACCACUGAAGCCGGACCCAUCACCGAAACAGGUACCACUGAAGCCGGGCCCAUCACCGAAACAGGUACCACUGAUUCCGGACCCAUCACCGAAACAGGUACCACUGAAGCCGGACCCAUCACCGAAACAGGUACCACUGACGCCGGACCCAUCACCGAAACAGUUACCACGGACGCCGGACCCAUCACCGAAACAGGUACCACUGAAGCCGGACCCAUCACCGAAACAGGUACCACUGAAGCCGGACCCAUCACCGAAACAGGUACCACUGAAGCCGGACCCAUCACCGAAACAGGUACCACUGAUUCCGGACCCAUCACCGAAACAGGUACCACUGAAGCCGGACCCAUCACCGAAACAGGUACCACUGAUACCGGACCCAUCACCGAAACAGGUACCACGGACGCCGGACCCAUCACCGAAACAGGUACCACUGAAGCCGGACCCAUCACCGAAACAGGUACCACUGAAGCCGGACCCAUCACCGAAACAGGUACCACUGAAGCCGGACCCAUCACCGAAACAGGUACCACUGAAGCCGGACCCAUCACCGAAACAGGUACCACUGAAGCCGGGCCCAUCACCGAAACAGGUACCACUGAUUCCGGACCCAUCACAGAAACAGGUACCACUGAAGCCGGACCCAUCACCGAAACAGGUACCACUGAAGCCGGACCCAUCACCGAAACAGGUACCACUGAUGCCGGACCCAUCACCGAAACAGGUACCACUGAUUCCAGACCCAUCACCGAAACAGGUACCACUGAAGCCGGAUCCAUCACCGAAACAGGUACCACUGAAGCCAGACCCAUCACCGAAACAGGUACCACUGAAGCCGGACCCAUCACCGAAACAGGUACCACUGAAGCCGGACCCAUCACCGAAACAGGUACCACUGAAGCCGGACCCAUCACCGAAACAGGUACCACUGAAGCCGGACCCAUCACCGAAACAGGUACCACUGAAGCCGGAUCCAUCACCGAAACAGGUACCACUGAAGCCGGACCCAUCACCGAAACAGGUACCACUGAAGCCGGACCCAUCACCGAAACAGGUACCACUGAAGCCGGACCCAUCACCGAAACAGGUACCACUGACGCCGGACCCAUCACCGAAACAGGUACCACUGAAGCCGGACCCAUCACCGAAACAGGUACCACGGACGCCGGACCCAUCACCGAAACAGGUACCACUGAUUCCGGACCCAUCACCGAAACAGGCACCACUGAUGCCGGACCCAUCACCGAAACAGGUACCACUGAAGCCGGACCCAUCACCGAAACAGGUACCACUGAAGCCGGACCCAUCACCGAAACAGGCACCACUGAAAUCGGACCCAUCACCGAAACAGGUACCACUGACGCCAGACCCAUCACCGAAACAGGUACCACUGAAGCCGGACCCAUCACCGAAACAGGUACCACUGAAGCCGGACCCAUCACCGAAACAGGCACCACUGAAACCGGACCCAUCACCGAAACAGGUACCACUGACGCCACACCCAUCACCGAAACAGGUACCACUGAAGCCGGACCCAACACCAAAACAGGUACCACUGAAGCCGGAGCCAUCACCGAAACAGGUACCACUGACGCCGGACCCAUCACCGAAACAGGUACCACUGAAGCCGGACCCAUCACCGAAACAGGUACCACUGAAGCCGGACCCAUCACCGAAACAGGUACCACUGAUGCCGGACCCAUCACCGAAACAGGUACCACUGAAGCCGGACCCAUCACCGAAACAGGUACCACUGAAGCCGGACCCAUCACCGAAACAGGUACCACUGAAGCCCGACCCAUCACUGAAACAGGUACCACUGAAGCCGGACCCAUCACCGAAACAGGUACCACUGAUGCUGGAACUACAGCCGAAUCAGGUAUUACGGAUGCAAGAACUACAGCCAAACCAGAUACUACUGAUGCUGGAACUACAGCCAAACCAGAUACUACCGAUGCUGGAACUACAGCCAAACCAGGAAUUACUGAUGCUGGAACUACAGCCAAACCAGGAAUUACCGAUGCUGGAACUACAACCAAACCAGGAAUUACCGAUGCUGGAACUACAGCCAAACCAGGAAUUACUGAUGCUGGAACUACAGCCAAACCAGGAAUUACCGAUGCUGGAACUACAGCCAAACCAGGAAUUACCGAUGCUGGAACUACAGCAAGACCAGAUACUACUGAUGCUGGAACUACAGCCGAACCAUCUUUGCCAAGUACAACUUCUACUAUUGCCACCACCGCUACGCCACCAAUUCAGUGUGAGAACGGAGGUACACCUGAAGGACAGUCUUGCAACUGUCCUCCUGACUUCCACGGGGAGACCUGCAGAGAUUUUAAAACUGACAUAGUGCCAGGUACGCUCAAUAGGACCGCGGUGGUUAAAAAUAUGGAAACUAAUUCCCCGUACAUAGAAAAAUAUAACGACAAAACUUCAACUGAAUACACAGACAAGGUCAAGGAGUUCACAACAGAGAUGGAGGAAUACUACAGCAGUAAAGGGAUACGGAAUUUCACAGUGGAAAACGUAACUCUGAGUAAGGGGUCAGUUAUAACCAUACGCUUGGGACGCGGUAUAGAGGAGAAAAGGAUGGAAAACUCCUUGUACAACCCCAAGGCAGGAUCAUAUAGUUUGAACGUCACACACAAUAUCAUUCUGACGGUUCUGAAUGAACCAGGAGCUGAGCAACAGUACAAGAACUUCGUAGACAACGUUACUUUAGCUUUGGAAAAUCUAGCAUUGUGUUCAGCUCUUCGCCCAGCAUGUCCUACGUUUACUGUUAAGUCAGUGGAAAAACCACAAGAAAUGCCACUUGAUGAGAAAGCUGUAUGUCAGAAAACAAUCAACCUUGAUUUUGCUAAAUACUUUGAGCCUUACAGUAAAGACGGGAAGUUGCUCUGUUUGACGGCAUGUGACCCCAGACAUAAUAACACUAAAAACUGCAACAGCGGUAUCUGUGAAGUGACCAGAGCCGGACUGUCAUGCAACUGUAAAAACACAAACUCAAUCUGGUACCUGGCUGACUGUAACCACCCGAUCCACAAGGCUGGGUUAUAUGCCGGAAUCAGUGUAACUGCCGGGGUUGUCCUGGUGAUAUUUGGUGUCCUGAUAGUGUUCCUGGUGGUGAACAAGAAAAAGGAAAAGAGGAAUAAAGACACUAAGCAGGAGAUGGUAAACCAGUGGCUUGAGGAUGACUUUGAAUGGCCCACACCCAACACCAGGUCCACCACAACACCUCACCCAGGGACGUACGAUAACCCAGCAUACACCAACGGGGUGUCAAAUAUCUACCAACACUCAAGCGGUCCUCUUCCCACCUACAACCCCAACCCACAGUCGAGCGAAAGAUACCCUCCACCAUACUACCCCUCAGAGCCCCACAACCAAAUGCACAGCUUCCCAAGCAACCAGCCUGUAAGGAUCAACAGACCGCAGAUCAGAACAUCUUAUGACUUGUAGCAUCCUCUUACUCACAAGAAAAAGUGCCUACAGAUGCUAAUUUGAGUCAGUACAUUCCCAAAGAAAAUAUUGCACUUUUUACUCCAUACAUUUUCCCUGACAACACAAAGUACUCAUUAAGUUUUGAAUGCUUAGCAGAACAGGAAAAUAGUCCAAAUCAAGCACUUUUCAGGAGAACACAUGGCCAUCCCUACUGCCUCUGGCCUGGCGGACUCAGUAAGCACAAAUGCAUCUUUUGUAAAUAAUCUCUGAGUGUUGGAGCAUGCCCUUGGCUAUCCUUACAUUUUUUUUAAAAUAAAAUGGUCUGUUUUGCUUAAUAUAAAGGAUUUUUAAGUGAUUUACACUUUUACUUUUAGUAAUAAUAUUUACUUUUGAUAUUUAAAGCGAAAUACUUUUAGACUUUUUCUCAAGUAGUAUUUUGAUGACAAUUGGGUACUUUUUCCACCACUGUGUGAUGAAUACACAUAGGAUUGCUUGCUUGUCUAUGGCGGCCCGAAUAAGCCACAGCUCUCUGUUGUUCAUUAAUCCUCCAGUCGAUUUCGUGAAUCUAAUUAGCAUAAUACAAAAUCCUCAUAAAAAUCUGUUUUGUUUAAGCUUGAGAUAUCUGUUUCUAUGCAUGGGCUGCGUCUCAAUCCAUUGCAUCCGUCGAUAUCGGCCUCCCAGAUGGGCUGCGUCUCAAUCCAUUGCAUCCGUCGAUAUCGGCCUCCCAGAUGGGCUGCGUCUCAAUCCAUUGCAUCCACGGAUAUCGGCCUCCAGAUGGGCUGCGUCUCAAUCCAUUGCAUCCACGGAUAUCGGCCUUCAGGAUCUGCUGUGAAAGGUGGCAGAACUACAGUUGUGUUUGUCAGAUCAGAAGACCUCCUGAAAAUCAGUACAACUCAAAACAAAUUGGGGGGCUCUCUGUUUUUCCGUGUGUGAAUCUAUUAUUCAAUGCAUUUCUUUGACCUAAUAGCAGUAAUGCCAAAUUCAAUGUUUCAUCAAAUAAUUUGGGGACUCUAGAGAUUUAAAGCGGCUAAGUAUUUUGUUCUGCAAUGACAGGGUGAUCAAAUUAAGAUCCUACAUCUGUAUGAACAAACUGAAUGUAAAUGUGGUAAAAUACAUAUAGGAUUGCUUGUUUAUGGCGGCAGAAUGAGCCAGAGCUCUCUGUUUUUCAGUAAAGCUGCUGGAUACUCUGCUCUGAGACGGUGUCUCUGCCUAUGUUGUCCAAGUAUGUAUAGCAUAUGUUCUGCCUGGAGGGCUUCGCCCAUGAGCGGAUACCCACAGUAUGAGACCACUGGUGGCCAGCUCAGGAUGCCUGAAACAUAUAGGAUUAAAACAGCUAUGGUAUUUAUACUCAUAAUAUAAUAUUUAUUCAUUUUGACAGUGGAUCAAAUAUAAUUUUAUUGCACUUUAAGAUAGAACGAUCAAAUGCACAUUGAUGAAUUCAAUGUCUAGCAAUAGUUAUGGAGGGUUAUAAGGAAUAUAGCUUUUAUUUAUUUAUUUGUCUUUGUUUACUUGUUAUUGUAUAUUAGCUCUGUAUUACACUGUAUGCGGUCUGCCAAACAAUUUGUAUCACUGUUAAUACUGUUAUGUAAAUAUAUCAAUUGUAAUCAGAAAUUGAUAACUAUGAUUUCUGUUAUCAAGAAAUAAAAUAGUUUCUGAAAAUG